AUGGAGCUUUUUCCUUACAAUUUAGUUCUACUACUUCCUCUUGUCUUCCUUCCUCUAUACUUCCUCGUCAAAUUCAGUCACCAAAACAAACAUAGUACACCUCCUGGUCCUCCGAAACUUCCCAUCAUUGGCAACUUACAUCAACUAGGCAAACCUCCUCGUCACAUUCUACAUAAACUCUCGCAAAAAUACGGCCCCGUCAUGCUUCUACAACUUGGUAGUGUACCCACGGUUGUAAUCACAUCGGCAGAGGCUGCCGAACAAGUCUUGAAAACAUAUGAUCUUGAUUUUUGUACUAGACCUCCUUUUGCUGGUCCGAAACGCCUUACAUACAAUUACUUAGAUAUUGCUUUUGGCCCUUAUUGUGAGUAUUUGAUAGAGAUGAGAAAACUAUGUUUUCUUCAUCUUCUUAGUAUGAAAAGAGUGCAAUCUUUCGCGGUAAUCAGAGAGGAGGAACUUUCACUUAUGAUUGAUUCUAUAUCUAAUUUUACUGAUCCUAUUGAUCUUUUUAAAAUGUUGAUAAGUUUAACAGACGAGAUUCUAUCGAGGAUUGCUUUUGGCAAGACAUUCCAAAGCAGAGAUGAACUCAGUGAUGGUAGACUUCAAGAAAUCCUUUAUGAAACCAUGCCAGACCCAGUAUUGAAUGGUUUUUCAGCGUCUGACUUUUUUCCUAGUGUAGGUUGGAUUUUUAAUAGGAUCACUGGUGUCUAUGGAAGAAUUGAGAAAUCCUUUCAUGAUUUCGAUGAAUUCUUUCAGCAAAUCAUAGACUUGCAUCUCAGCCUGGAGAGAAACAAAUCCGAACAUAAAGAUCUCAUAGACGUUUUGCUGAAAAUCAAGGACGGAUCGAGCACUGUUCGUCUCACUAAUGACCAUAUCAAAGCAGUUCUUCUGGAUGCAUUUCUUGCUGGAGUAGACACAUCUGCUGUAACUAUGAAUUGGGCAAUGGUAGAACUGGCUAGAAAUCCAGACGCAAUGAAGAAAGUUCAAGGAGAGAUUAGGAACUAUGUCGGAACAGCAAAAGGGAAGGUAGAAGAAUCAGAGCUUGGUCAAUUCUUGUACCUAAAAAUGGUGGUUAAAGAGACUCUCCGACUACACCCACCGGGACCAUUGUUGCUUCCAAGAGAAUGUACAAAGCAUCACGUUAUCAGCGGAUACGAUGUAUACCCAAACACAAGGAUCCUAAUAAAUGCAUGGGCUAUCGGGAGGAAUCCAGAGUAUUGGGACAAGCCAGACCAAUUUAUCCCAGAGAGGUUUGAAGAUUUCUCCAUUGAUUUUACAGGAGGACAAUAUUCUGAUCCUACCGACAAAAUUUUGAUUUCAUACCUUUCUUUGGGCGGAGGUCGAAGGAGUUGCCCUGGAAUGAAUAUGGCACCCAUAUCGAUGGAGCUAAUCCUGGCCAAUCUACUAUACUGCUUUAAUUGGGAAUUGCCAAAGGCAUGA